AUGUUCCCACCCUUACGAACGGCCCUCAUCAGGGCAUCAACACGCCAAACCCCGCCUCUCACUCACCCCCAACUCAGACGAUACGCCUCCCAACCACCAUCACCAACCGGCGCCUUCUACAAGACCUUCACCCGCCCCGUGGCCAAGUGCGCCCUCCUGGCCGUCUUCGUCUACCAGCUCGUCUACUUCGGCUGGGCCAAGCUGGAGACCGACGAGAUCAAGGAAGAGCGGCAGGCCGAGAUUGUGAAGCUCGAGGCGCAGGUUCGGGGGUUGCAGGCUGCGCGGACUGCCGCGACGGCAGGGGCUACUACUACUACGGAUGAGAGUAAUGGUGGGAGUGGGGCUGUUGGGGUUGAGAAAGGAGAGGGGGCCAAGUCAACGGGGGGAUCUUGGUGGCGGUGGAAAUAG